AUGCGCCGUGUGCGCAGUGCCCUUGUGCGCUAUGGAUGGGUGGAAGCACAGGGGAAGGAGGAGUGGCUUGAAGUCCUAGCGGCUCGAGCGGCCGGAGUGAAGAGCGGCUCGAGCGUUGCGAAUGAGACGCAUGACCUCACGCAGCCCCUUGUGCUGCGGAAAUGUGCAGAGCAGUGGCGAAAGACAUGGAGUCGAGACUCCUUCAUUGACAGGUUUGGACACCAAGACUUUAAAUUGCGAUCGUGUUUGGAUCUUCAUGAGUGUUCCUUCACUGGGCCAUGGCGAUUUGCGCCGCUGAGAGAAUACUUUGAUCGAGAUGAUGGUGACGCUAGCAUUAUUUUCGAGAACAGUUUUUUGCCUCCACCUUUGCAUCAAGCACUUUGGUCGGGCGGUCAAUGGCCAGAGGUUUUGUCGCAUAUCCAUGCGGAGCCCGUUCUCAACUUGGGUCGCCGACACAGCUUCAUCGCCUUCCAUGGUGGCUCUAGCGCCAUAUGGAUGGCGCAGCUGGUCGGUCGCAGUGCAUGGUUUCUGGCUCCGCCGGGCCGGAGGCCAGAAACCAGAGAGCCAUGGUCCUACGUGCCAGAGACAGAGGUCCCCAGUGUUAUCGUGGAACCUGGGGACGUCAUCUACGUGCCCGAAAACUGGUGGCGAAGUUUCUGGAACUUGGAGGACUUCAACUUGGGACUGGGCUGGGAGAGUCCUGACGAUGGAUCGGGCCACUGGAGCGAUGCCAUGCACGCCGUGGCGGAUGGAGACCUCCAGAAACUGAAGCUGAGCGAAGUCACUGAAGCACCGUCCCAGGAGAUGUUGUACCUGGCUGCCCGUGCUGGAAAUGAGGAUGUCUUGGCCUACUUGCUGCAGCGCGCCGACUGCGCCGAAGACAGGUGGAACUUUGGCGCCAUCAGCGCAGGGGCGGCCAUCAGCGGGCACCGGUCGGCCCUCGCCUUGUUGCAGCCCUACGCGCAACGCCACGGCACGUGGCAUUCCUGGGCUGUGCAUGGAGCGGUAAGUACCAACAGCCUGGCAGCCUUGGGAGCACCGCUACUUCCGGCGGAGGCCAAUGCUGAUGACGCCUUCAACGAUGCGUGGGCGCCGGAGCACUUCUUGCAGGAGGGGAUUCCACUGACUCCGCUACACUUAGCCGCGUGGAAUGGUCAUGGAGCUGCAGUGGAAGAACUUCUGCGCUGCGGGGCCAAAGUGAACUUCCUGGGGCAGGACCUGAAGAGGGUCCCCAUGUGGCGUCCUGCCAUGGAUGGCUCUGCUGGCUCUUCUCCACUUCAUUUGGCCGCGCUGCGGGGGCAUGCGGAGGUGAUGCAUCACUUGCUGGACGCUGCUGGUGCUCUGGUGGAUGCACGCGAUGCUGCUGAGGCGACUGCACUUCAUCGCGCAGCCCAAGGGGGGCAUGUCCAGGUGCUUCAGCAGUUGCUCUCCGCGGGCGCUGAUGUUGCGCUGCGCGCGGGGCAGGAACGUUGGACUUCCUGGGAAGUGGCAGAGGCGCAUGGUUUUCCUGAAGUCAGCGACUUCCUAAAGUGUAAAGCCUUGGGGCGUGCUGUCUCGGACACCAAAGAGGAGGAGUCGGAGCAAGACGAUGAUGUGAUCUGCCGCUGCAAGGAUUUGAUUCUGAUGUACCUGGGAAGCACCCAGCUCUUGCUGAAGGAUACGACCUUUGAACUGAGAAAGGGCCAUCGCUACGGCAUCGUGGGAUCCAACGGUACAGGCAAGACCACCCUGAUGGAGCGCAUCGCAGAUGGCGCCAUAGCGGAGCUGGCGCAUAGCAAGCUGCGCUUUGUACAUAUUCGACAUGAGGCGCUUGGGGAGAGAACUGAUGUGUCCCAAACAGCCUUGGACUAUGCCUGGCAGGUGGUGGGACCAGAUGCACCAUUGCAUUCAGCGCUGGAUGAGGUGGGCUUCACAGAUGAGUUGAAGCUGAAGCCCAUCUGCGAACUCUCUGGAGGUUGGCGCGUCCGGCUGCUCUUAGCCACCGCCGUGGCGCGCUCGGCGGACGUCUUGUUGCUGGAUGAACCCACGAAUCACCUCGAUGCGCAGGCUGUUUCUUGGCUGGUGGUUUACUUGACACGCAAGCGCGAUUCCACCUCUGUGGUCGUGUCACAUGACGCUUCUUUUCUAGAUCAAAUCUGUACAGAUAUCAUCCACUUCGAUGAGUGCCAGCUGAAGUACUAUGCUGGCAACUUCACUUUUUUCCAGAAGAAGGCCCGGCAGCACAAUACCUCUGAGUUGCUGAAGGUUCGUUCUGAUGAUGCUCCAUUGCCCCUACCCAGAAAAAAGGUUAUGCCCACAAAGCCACAGGAUGGAGGGCUCCGCAUUGCCUUGCCAGUGCCUGGGAAGGUCGAGGGCCUUACGAGUAGCAAAAAACCUAUCCUGGAGCUCAAGGACGUGUCCUUUAAGUACUUGAUGGCCAAGGACUACAGUCUACGACACAUCAAUGGCAAGGUCACAGCGAGCAGCAGAAUUGCCAUUGUGGGACCCAACGGUUCCGGAAAGUCGACGCUGCUGUCUUUGAUUUGCGGCGAGCUCAGGCCCUGUGGGGACGAAAAGGGGCAGGUCGGAGAGGUGCAUCGACACAGGGGUCUUCGUUUGGCUUAUGUGGCACAGUCACAUGCGUUCCACUUGAGUGAAUACGCCAAGUGUACGCCGGAGGAGUACAUCCAAGUGCGCUUCCGGAAUGGUUAUGACGAAGAACUUCAGAAGAGGCUCCUGGCAGCUCCGGACCAAGCCGAAGCGGCGAUGCUUCAACGUCUGGCAACACGCUUCGGCAAAUAUGGCAAGCAGGUGGAGGCGGUGCUUUCUCGGCGCAAACAGCGGAACGACUGGCGUUACGAGGUGAAAUGGCAAGAUCUGGCAGAGAAGCAAAACACCUUUGAGUCUACAGCCAAACUCAGACAGCUGGGUGUGGAGAGGUUGGCAAGCGCUUUAGAUGAACGCUUGGCCGUUGGAGCCAUGGAUUCCGAGGAUAGACCCCUGACACGUCGCGAGAUCGUCAGGCAUUUCGAGGGCUUCGGCUUGACCGAGGAACUCACCACACAGCGGCCCAUCAGUGACCCGGAGAGCAGUGAGUUACAGGUGAAUGUUGAGACGUCCGUCAUUCAAGGCUACGUGCCAAGCGCCCGGCACGAGCUGUACGGCGUCGAUGCAGCUCCGUACAUCGCGACGACCAAUGCAGAGGUGGCGUCUGCGUUGGCGGAUGCCUAUGCCAGGCAAGAUGACGCGGCCUGCCAGGUGCUGGCAGAUCUGUUCAGGCAGCUGGGCGUGAAGAUCAUUGUGCCAACGGCCCACAGGCCACCCACGAUCAGGAACCUGAUGGCUGAUCGUGUGGCCUUGGCAGCGGCAGCUAAUCCAGCAGCGGUGCCUGCCCCCAUGAGGAUGAGCUCCAGGACUGCGCAGAAGGACGCGAUGGUCGCGAAAGCCAUGAGGGUUGUAAAGAUUCCAGAGGGGGUCAACCCUGCGCCGACUGUGAACAUGGGCGUGAUCCAGCAGUCAGGAGGGCUCCUGGCCGAAGCAGGCACAGACGGAGCCUUGGUCAUCAUUCGAACAGCGACGGGUGCCAGCGUGCUGGCGGCGGCAAUACCAUGCCGGCCAAAGGUGUCACUCCAUCGCAAUUGA